GAGUGGCGUUUGGGGAGAGCCGGAAGAGCCCGGGGGGGCUGCUAGGUGCGAUGAAGGGGCUGCCGUGCUUCUACCGGCAAGACGGGUGGUGGACGUAUGAGUUUUGCUACAAGAAGCACAUUCGCCAGAUGCACAUCGAGCACCUCUUGAGGCGCCUCACAUAUCACUGCUUUCCCUCCCCCCUCCGCACCUCCCCUCUGCCUUCCCUCUCCUGCCUCAAUCAAUCUCAAGACGGGUGGUGGACGUACGAGUUUUGCUACAAGACGCACAUUCGCCAGAUGCACAUCGAGCAGCAGGAGGGCGAGAACAAGGUGACGAUGGACUUUGUCCUGGGGCGCUACAGCGCACGCGAGUCACUGCGCGCACAGAGGAGGCUUGAAGCGACUGCUGCUGCUGGUGGCGGCGAUGGGGGAAAGAGGUACCACGUGCAUGUGUACACCAAUGGUACAGCCUGCGACCUCACUGGCGCUGGCCGUCGCACCGAGGUGCGGCACGUGUGUGAGGAGGGCGCGCAGACUUUCAUGGGGACAAUCAAGGAGGGACCCACGUGUGAAUACGAGCUGGCACUGCACACCAACCUGCUCUGCUCCCACCCCCUCUUCCGCACGGUACGACAGCCCAUCCACUUCAUCAACUGCCACCAGUUCCCCACCUCCUCCUCUUCCUCCCACUCCCCCUCCCCCUCUACUUCUGACCCAUCUCUCGAAAUCCCCUCUCUCGAAGAGGCUGCGGAGGGGACUGGGGAGGGGGGUAGCCGGGGCGAGGUGGAAAAGGAAGGGGUUGCGGAUGGAGAGGGGGAGAAGGGAGAGGGAGUGGAGGGUGGUGGUGGUGGUGUUGUGGUGGAAGGGGAGGAGGAUGGGGUGCUGUCGUUUGUGUACGAGGGGGAGGAGGAAGAGGAGGAGCUAGUGGAGGUAGAUCCAGAGGUGGAGGAGAUAGAGGAGAGCCUCAGUGCUCUGUGA